CCUGUCAGUCAUCCAGACCAGACCCGAGAACACGGAGAAAUGAGAUGAAGUUUCACCCCCUGAGAGCUGCAUGUUUGCUGCUUUUUCUGUCUUUCGUGUCGGUUUAUUGGAUCAUUUCAAGGGAUGAGCGUCCAGCGGGGCCAGACCUGCAGACCCUGUACAAGCGACUGCUGGUGGCAGAGGAGUUGGGGGGCCAGGUGAGCAAGGACCUCAGCAGCAUCCUGGACCAGCUGAUGAACACGUCCAAAGAUGCCAACGCCACCUUUCCCGUCAGCAACGCCACCGGCACAACCCCCGUCUCCAUGGGAGAGAGGCAGCCAAGAGGACACCAGGCACUCCUCCAGCCCAACAUUUACACCUACCUGCCCCACCUCAGGGAGCAUCCAGAAAGCUUUGCACCAAACGUGGUGCUGGGAAAGGGGCGCCGCGGAGUGUCCAUAGUUGUGGGCGUUCCUACGGUGAAGCGGGAGAAGCAGAGCUACCUGGUCAACACGCUCAGCUCGCUGCUCUUCAGCCCGACCGCUUCAGAGUGCCAGGAUCUCCUCAUCAUCGUCUUUGUUGCCGAGACGGAUUUAGACUAUGUGGGCAAAGUUGCAGAUACCAUCAAGAAGAAUUUUCCCAAGGACGUGGAGUCGGGGCUGCUGGAGGUGGUCUCCCCGUCGCAGUACUAUUAUCCCGACUUCAGCACCCUCACGGAGACCUUUGGAGACUCCAAGGACAGAGUCAAAUGGCGUACGAAGCAGAACCUGGACUUCAGCUUCCUCAUGCUCUACGCUCAGGACAAAGGAACCUAUUAUGUCCAGUUAGAAGAUGAUGUUAUUGCCAAGGAUGGCUACUAUCGCGACAUGAAGAGCUUUGCCCACCGCGAAGCUUCCAAGGAGUGGCUGUACGCGGAGUUCUCCCAGCUUGGAUUCAUAGGUAAAAUGUUUCGAACCCGUGACCUUCCCUUGGUCACAGAGUUCUUCCUGAUGUUCCAUAGAGACAAACCUAUCGACUGGUUGUUGGAUCACAUUCUGUGGGUCAAAGUCUGUAACCCUGAGAAAGACGCAAAAGACUGCGAUCGACAGAAGACGUUGCUCAAGCUGAGAUACAAGCCCUCGCUCUUCCAGCACGUGGGCCUGCACUCCUCCCUGCCCGGGAAGAUGCAGCACCUGAAGGACAAGUUCUUUGGGAACCAGAUCCUGUACCAGGCCCAUAACAACCCUCCUGCAGAGCUGAGCAGCAGCCUGAAACAUUACCAGCAGCACAGUCUGGACAGGCUGUACGCAGGAAAUGAUUUCUUCUGGGCUUUAACGCCCGUCCACGGAGACUACGUCCUCUUCAGCUUCCCACAGCCAAUCCACAUUUCUGGGUACCGCUUUCGGAGUGGAAACAUGGAGUCCAGCGGAGAUAAGUUCUACAACACCACCGUGGAGGUGCUGCCCAGCAAUGGAUCAGUGAAAGAUAAGUUGAUCCUCGACUCCUCUUCCUACAGAGAAUCAGAUAAGGGCUUCAUCAUCGUUGGAGCGUUCGAGAGCGGAGUGGCCGAGGGGGAAGUCGGGGCGGAGCUGCAGCCGAUCUCUGCUCUGAGGCUGGUGGUGCAGAGCGACUCCGACGUCUGGGCCCUGCUGAGCGAGGUCCACCUUCAGGUGUGAGGGGUCUGCACCGGCUCCCCCUGCUGGACAGAGAUGUUCCUGCAGGUGACGGGUGCGAGGGCCACCAGGAGCUCCUCACCCAGCUUUGACAUGGAAUAUAUUUUUCUGGAGUAAAUAAAUGAAACCCAUUCACCACAGACUGUUGCAGCUGUUUUAAUUUGAUCCGCUCAGCUUUUUCCUGACCGACGCACAUCAGCAGCGUCUCAGCUGACGCCAGGCUUCUGGUCGGGGGUUCAGAUUAGUCAUCUUCAUUAUAAACAAACAGAUCAGUUAAAAUAAUUAACUUUGUAUUUCAUCUUUCUAUGGCAUGUUACUGGAUCUUAGGAGUUCCUCCACAGAUAAACUCAGAGCAGCGUGGGAGAAGGACUUAGGGCUCCCCCUAGUGGAGGAGACCUGGACGUCCAUAUAGUUCAUGAGCCAGAGCCCAUAAUGUCACUGGUCAGCACCACUCAAGGUGACAAAACUUACUUAUGAUAGAUGAUAUUCUGGUAUGAGAACCUUCCUGAGUGGCAGCUGGAUCAUAGUUAUCAGCUCAUGAAGUUCAGAAAAUUACAUUUUAGAUGCUGCUGCAUAUCCUGGUUUAGACUCAUGUACAGGAAAUCUGUCAAUGUUUCACUAUAUUGUC